UUCUCUAUAAAUUAGGAAGAAAACUCUCACAGAUUUCAUCACUUUUACUCUCUCUCUCUCUCUCAAUUCUCAAACCAGUUUCAUAUGUACUGAUAGAUCUCACCACUAUUUUUCUGCAUCAGUUUCUUAUCAGCUUCAGGCCCUUUCUUCUCAUUACUCUUGCUGUUUCAAUUUCUCAUCAGCUUCAGAUCAUUUGGGUUACGAUAGUGUAGCUGAUAAAAUCCAGUCAAAGAACGACGAGUGUAAAUUUUGUGUUGGAGAUUAUAUAUGCUGCUAGCUUGAGUAACCUUCCAAUGCCUUCGAAUUACUACAUUGGAGAGACUUCAUCCAAGCAUUCAAAUAAUGGUUCUGAAAUUGACCAUAGCAAGAUGGAGGGACGAAAGUGGGAGGAGCUAAACAUGGACUGUUUGGUGAAUGUGUUUCGAAGAGUGGGAAUGGAGUCAUUGCUCUUGGAUGUUCCCUUUGUAUGCAAGUCAUGGUACAAAGCAAGCCUUGAUCCUAAGUGCUGGGAGAGUCUCAUUUUUCCAAAAUACAUCAAACCUGAUAAUAUAUGGGAGAACAGCCCCUUGGGAGAAAGGUUGAUGAUGGAAUAUCAAGAAAGUUUCUGUGUCACUGCAUUCAUAAAGUCUGUGGUUGCCCGUAGCCAGAGACGCGCUACUGUACUUACGCUCCCCAUCUGCUGCACCGAAGAGGCAUUGGAGUAUGCUGCUAACGAGUCUCCCUCAUUGAAGGCUUUGCGUUUGCAUGAUGAUCUACUUUUCAAAAAAUCAACUAUUAUUCCAAAACUGAUAAGCAAGUGGAAAAAUCUGGAGAUGUUGUCACUGGGGAGAAGACAUAACAUGGAGGAAAUCCUAGCCCAAAUCAGUCUUCACUGCAACAACUUCAUGAUGCUAUUUGCUCCACAAAUAUAUGUUGGGAAAGAUGAAGCGACAGCUAUAGUCACCUCAUUGCCAAACCUUAAGUACUUGGUUCUAAAGGGAUCAACAAUUGAGUGGGAAAAUCUAGUGAUGGUAUUGCAGGGCUGCAAAAAGCUCCUACGUUUGGACGUCAGGAAAUGCAUUGGAUUUGAGGAGAAUGAUACUGAGAUAUUGGCACUUGCUUCCCAUAUUCCUACAUUCAUGUGUGAAGGUUCUAUCUAUGAGGAAUAUGACACAUAUAUUGAUUGUGAUGGCGAUUGUGAUUACUAUUCUGAUUAAGAGUUUGUGAGUUGAGUUUGUUAACCUAAAGCCUCUAUGAGAAGUUCCCUUCUGUAUGCCUCUAUGUAAUGAGUUGAAUUAUUCAUGACAAUAAUUGAUCCAUUCCCAUGGACAUUAUAUAUGUAAAAAAGUUGUAUUGGCAAUUC